CUUGAGCGGAAGAUCCGUCUUCUGGCAUUUGCGUCACUGAGUUUCGCACACGUCGGGCAUGACCUACCAUAUUCAGAGGUCGCGUCAAUCCCGCAGAAAAGUGGGCGAUCGAUGGUACUCGAUCUUUUUUCGGGGAAGCUCUCGCAGACCACUCGAUCUCUACACGUCUACCGUUCGUCAGCGCGCAUGUUUGAGCGAGAGCAAUGGGAGGCACUGGGAAAACGUCUUGUUACGUGGAAGGCGGGCCUAGCGAGCGUGCUGGAGGUUUUUACUAGUGCACAAAUGCGCGGUAACAGUUCGACUGUGGGUGAAGGCGUGCAGCAGGUCACGCAGACAGGUGAGAGCGUUCAGGUCGAUGCCGCGUAG